AUGACCGUGGGCACCUUCUCGGAAUGGCGCAAGCUGUCAAUUAGCCUCAGCGAACUUUGCAUAAACACUACCCUACGAUGUGGCCAGUCAUUUCGAUGGCACAAAGUCCCUGAUAAUGACGAAUGGCGCUGCGUUCUCUACGGCCGUCUCGUCUGCCUCAAGCAAGACCCAACGCACCUCCACUACAGGACCUACGUCAAUCCCAAGAUCUCAAGCUCAACAAACGACGGCGAACCCGAAGACACCACAUUGGACAUCAUCAAGCACUACUUCAACCUGAACUCAAACCUAACAACCCUCUAUGCACAAUGGUCUUCGUCAGACCCGAACUUCCGCAAGAAAGCCUCUCAGUUCACCGGCAUUCGCAUCCUCCGCCAAGACGCUUGGGAAGCCCUAAUCUCGUUCAUCUGCAGCAGCAAUAACAACAUCACGCGGAUUGGGCAGAUGGUUGAGAAGCUGUGUUUGAACUACGGCGCCCACGUCGCGGAUGUCGAUGGCCGUGCAUAUCAUGAUUUUCCGUCUCCGGGGCGAUUAGCGGAGGAUGGGGGUGUUGAGGCACGAUUGCGGAGUUUAGGGUUUGGGUAUCGCGCGAAGUAUAUAUACCAAACGGCGGUCAUUGUUGCAAAGCAAAAAGAGAGCGGGUGGUUGAAUUCAUUGCGAAACCCCGAGGCCCCAGCUUUUGGGGUUGAGGCCGUCGUUGGUCAGGAAGAGGAGAUGCCGCCUGAGGGGAGGAGUGGGUAUCGCGAGGCGCAUGAGAAGUUGCUUGAGCUGCAAGGUGUUGGGCCCAAGGUUGCCGAUUGUGUGUCCUUGAUGGGGCUGGGAUGGGGCGAGUCUGUGCCAGUCGAUACUCAUGUAUGGCAAAUCGCCCACAGAGACUACAAGUUCGGCAAGGGCUCGCACAAGUCCCUAACUAAGGCUACAUAUGAUGCCGUGGGGAACCAUUUCCGCAAACUCUGGGGCAAAGAAGCGGGAUGGGCUCAUAGCGUGUUGUUCACUGCCGAUCUGAAGACGUUCUCAGACCGGUUGGUUGCCACGACGAAACAGGAGAAGGUUGAGGUGAAAGUAAAGGAAGAAGAAACGGAUCGAACCGAAAUCCUUGCAACGACGACCGAGACAAAUGUCUCCUUGAAGAGGGCUGUGGAUGAGGAUAAGAUCAAGCUGGAGCCUGACGACAAGAAAGUCAAGCUAGAAACGAACUCUGUCCCUGGCACGCGAAGAAGCUCAAGACGGCUACGACGAUAG